GCGAACAAGGCCUGGUUGAAUAACGUCAAUCGAUACAAGUUAUGCCAGAAGGCUUUCUGUGGAACUGUUGACAGUGCUGGGACUGAACGUUGCGACCACUGAUAGGAUAACAAGUUCAACACAAGAGGACUUGUCUAUAAUAUAUUUAUUUUUGAAAAUGUUUGCAACUUCAUACAAACUAAACUGUUAAAAACUGUAUAACAUCGACAGCAUUAUUUUAUGAUGGCAGAGAUAGUAAAAGAGGCAAAAAAAUAUGUGGGAGGCGGAAGAUAAGAGCAUUAAAUUCGAUAUGAAGAAAUUGAAAAACUGGUCGACAUGGAGCAAGGAAGACCUUGGGGAGUACUUACGACAGAACGGUGUGUCGGACAAAAUAGUUGCGGUGUUUGAAACUGAAGAGAUCGAAGGGCAACAUAUUCCAAAUUUAAAAAUGAAUCUCCUUAUGAUGAGAGGUGUAAGCUAUGUAGAGUGUCUUCAAGUGCGAAAAAUAUUUGAAAAACUAAUGAGUCUUGAGACAAAUACACAGCUGAUGAAGGUCUACAACGACCCAAUCCACGGCCAUAUUGAGGUGAACCCAGCAUGCCAGGCCAUCAUAGACACGCCAAUCUUCCAGCGUCUCAGGUUCCUCAAACAGCUGGGCAUGGUCUACUACGUCUACCCAGGAGCGGGACACAACAGAUUCGAACAUUCGCUGGGAGUUUAUCAUCUGGCUGGCCAAUUUGUGAGAAACCUUCGGCUAAACCAACCAGAGCUAAACAUAACAGAUAAAGAUAUUCUGUGUGUUGAAAUUGCUGCUUUAUGCCAUGAUCUCGGGCAUGGGCCAUUUUCACAUGUUUUCGACAAUUUAUUUUUACCUGCUAUCUUGGAUAAAAAUAUAAACAAGGAAAAGAAAUCUAUAAUGGAAGAUCUAAAAAAAGAAACUACUAAGUUGAACACUACCGAAGACAACAAAAAUACAAUUUCUGAAAAAAUCAAUGUUGGAAUUAAGUCACUGGACUUCAAAGGUGACGAAAAGAAAAUUGAGGCACUUAUGCAAGAAAUAAGAGACUUGAAAGCCAUAACAGAAGAGGAAGUGUCGAAGCUUAAGAAAAGCCUGAAUUCAAAAAUACACAAUGUAGCUUCUAAACUAGGACAACUAGGACAACUACAUAUCUCUUUUUCGGAAAGGAGAUCAAUUGUCGAUGAUUUAAGGGAUGAAAUUAGCAAGUUGAAAACAACCGAAGAUAAUAAAAGUAUCAUAACCACAAUGAUCAGUGAUGAAAUGAACGUACUUGGCAUCAAAUACACCGACAAGAAAGUAGAGACGUUAAUGGAGAAAAUAAAGGACUUAAAAGCCAUAACAGAAAAGGAGAUUUUGCAUCUUAAGGAAAUAAUACAUUCAAAAUUAAAGCUAUUAUCUGCUAAAAUAGGACAAGUUGAUUUUACCUUUCCUGCAAAGGAAAAAAAAGCAAUCAUUGAAGUUUUAAGAGCAAAAAUUGCCAAGUUGGAAACAACCGAAGAUAUAAAAAAGAGAAUAACCGAAAUAAUCACCAAUGGAAUUAUGUCACUCAACUUAAAAGAUGACUAUCAGAAAGUUGAUGCAAUAAUGAAGGAAAUAAACGACCUGAAAGCCAUCUCUGAAGAGGAAAUGCUGCAGCUCAAGAAAAGAUUGCUAUCUGAAAUAAAUAAGUUAUCCGAUAAACAAGGAAAAGUUGCUUUUGCAUAUCCUGCUCAGCAUGACAAAAUAUCUGUCCUGUUGAUUGAUGUACUUGAUAAAAAAGUAAAAUUUAAAGAGAAUUAUCAGCUUAAAGACAAUGAUGUCACGUUCAUUAAGGAGAUGAUUGGUGGACCACUGGAAAUAACUGGCUCUCAGAAAUGGCCAUAUGAAGGGAGAAAGGAAAAUAAAUCAUUUCUUUAUGAGAUUGUGUGCAACAAACGAAACAGCAACGACGUAAAUGUGUGGGAUUAUUUAGCCCGAGACUGCCACCAUCUUGGUUUUUACAACAACUUUGACUACAGCCGUUUUAUGAAGUUUGCCAGGGUUAUUGAUGAGGAUGGAGAGAAGCAGAUCUGUAUUAGAGACAAGGAGAUCGCCAACCUGUACAACAUGUUCUACACCCGCUACACACUGCACAAGUACGCUUAUCAGCACAAGGUCAACCGUGGAUUGGAAAUGAUGGUAAAAGAUGUGCUCAAGUAUGCAAAUGAUGUUGUCCUUUUAGAAGGAGAAAAUGGAUCCAUGGUGAAAAUUUCUGAUUGCAUGAAAGAAGAAGGAUUGAAGGCUUUCAUAUCACUUAACGAUAACAUUCUCUUCAAGAUAUUUAACUUCAGUGAAAAUGGUCUCCUAGAAAAGGAAAAAAAGAAGCUUAGAAAAGCCAAGGAGAUCAUUGAUAGAAUCUUUAAGCGUAAACUUUAUACCUGUCACUGGGAAAGUCAACCAUUGUUUCCAAAGAGUUUUGAGUACAAGAAUGAGCCAAUAUACGAUCUUGAUAAGAAACUGAAGCCUUUGUUUACUGAUAACCCUAAAGGUUACAUCAUUAAGCUUACACACUUUGAUUUCGGAAUGAAAGAAGAAAAUCCCGUUGAAAGAUUAAAAGUCUAUUCCAAGAAAUCACCAGAUAAGGCCAGAUUUUUUACCAAAGCUGAAAGCAGCAUAAUUUUGGGUCCAGCAAAGUUCAAUGAAACAAUUCUAAGAGUUUACCUGAAGGAAUCUGUUGAUAUUAAUGGUAUACGCGGGACGGCGCUGGUGGAAACUUGCAACAACUGGUAUAAGGAAUGGGUGGCAACAAAACAGAAGCAGAAGGAAGAAGGAGAAGUGGAAAGUUUAAAAGAUACAAUUAAAAGCAUAUUUAAUGAAAAAACCAACAUGUUCACAGAACUAGCAACAGAUAUUACAAAGCUCAACUUGCAGGAAAUAACUGCCGACGGUUUGAAAGAAAAAAUAAGUCGUACGAUGAAGAGUGAUGGAAUCACUAAAGAUUUAGCUUCUGGAAUUUUAAAACAGCAAAACCAUUAAACACGAUAAACUGAUCACUUACUUAUUAAAGCUUUAUUAUACUUUAUUUUAAUCAACUUUUAAACCAAUUUACAUGCCUUGAUUUAUACAUUUUAUUUUAUUGUAUUAGUUUUGUAAGUAAUUUCUCAACUAAAUAUAAUGUAAUUAAAAAGAGAUGGAUGAACCGCAUCAUAUUCUUUACGAUUUUCACAAACGAAAAUUCUUAACAUUAUUUUUAUGUAUUAGUAUAUGCAUUUUAGAUUAUAAGUAUUUCUUUCUUUUUUUCUAACUUUUGUUUUCAAACUUGAACUUAACAAAAACAAAAUAUACGGAAAUAAACAUUGCUUACCCAUUACCAAACAUUUUUAUUUGUGCAUGGUCAAUAGAGUU